AUGACCCAAGCUCGCAGCACAGCCGACGCGCGCGCACCACGCAUCGCCGCCACCACGCGCGCACCAUGCAGCGCCGCCAUGCGUGCCUCCACUCAAGCAGCGCCGCCGCCGCACACCCACGCAGUGCCGCUGCGCGCGCACACCAUGCAGAGACGCCAUGCGCGCGCCCACUCAGCGCCGCCGCCACGCGCACACCAUGCAGCGCCGCCACUCAAGCAGCGCCGCCGCCGCGCCCCCACGCAGCGCCGCUGCGCGCGCACCAUGCCGAGCCGCCAUGCGCGCCCUCACUCAACGUCGCCGUCAGGCAGCGCCGCCGCGCGCGCAGCACGCAGCUAUAAUCGAAAGAACAGCACGAGCCUGAAUUGGAAAUGGUGGGAGCUGGAGCUACAUCUGUCGCCGGUCAGAUCAUCAGUACCACGUUCAACAUCGCCGCUCUUGUGCUUCGCGUUGUACAGACGUAAGUAUGAAAUAAAUGAUGAGAAACAGAAUUCCGCGAGCUUCUUCUCCAGCUAG